AUGGCCCUCAACGGAAAAGUCGCUCUCAUCACCGGCGGUGUGAAGAACCUUGGUGCCGCCGCUGCCCGCGAGCUCGCCAGCUCCGGCGCGAACCUUGCCCUCCACUACCACUCCGACAGCAGCAAGGGCGACGCUACGACACUGGAGGCCGAGCUGAAGAAGUCUUAUCCCAAUAUCAAGGUCGCGUUCUACCAGGGUAACCUUACCUCCGCCGGAGCUGUGACGAAGCUCUUCCAGGAUGCCCUGAAGGACUUCGGAAAGAUUGAUAUCGUGGUCAACACAGUGGGCAAGGUGCUCAAGAAACCUAUUACUGAAAUUACGGAGGAGGAAUACGAUACUAUGUUUGCGAUCAACUCCAAGACGGCUUUCUUCGUCCUCAAAGAAGCUGCCGCACACGUCACGGACGGGGGCAAGAUCAUCACGAUCGUCACUGCCCUCCUUGGCGCUUUCACGGGAUACUAUACUUCCUAUGCUGGUAGCAAGGCCCCGGUUGAGCACUUCACUCGAGGCGUCUGCAAAGAACUCCAAUCCCGCCGCGUCAGCGUCAACAACAUUGCCCCGGGACCGAUGGACACCCCUUUCUUCUACCCCCAGGAAUCCCCCGAGGCUGUCGAGUUCCACAAGUCCAACGGUAUGGGCAACCGUUUGACGAUGGUCGAGGAUAUCGCUCCGAUUGUUCGGUUCCUCUGCACGGAUGGCGCCUGGAUCACUGGCCAGACCAUCUUCGCUAACGGUGGAUAUACUACUCGCUAA